GGAAGUCCCGGAUUGAGGCGCCGCCAUUUUUUACUGCUCGGACGCGGAGCGAGAAGCUGAGAGUCGGAGACGCUAUCCGCUUCCAUCCGUCGCGCAGACCCUGCCGGAGCCGCUGCCGCUAUGGAUGAUCGGGAGGAUCUGGUGUACCAGGCGAAGCUGGCAGAGCAGGCCGAGCGAUACGACGAAAUGGUGGAAUCAAUGAAGAAAGUAGCAGGGAUGGACGUGGAGCUGACCGUUGAAGAACGAAACCUUUUAUCUGUUGCAUAUAAAAAUGUGAUUGGAGCCAGAAGAGCAUCCUGGAGAAUAAUCAGCAGCAUUGAACAGAAGGAAGAAAACAAGGGAGGAGAGGACAAACUAAAGAUGAUUCGGGAGUACCGGCAAAUGGUUGAAACUGAGCUCAAGUUAAUCUGUUGUGACAUUCUGGAUGUACUGGACAAACACCUCAUUCCAGCAGCUAACACUGGCGAGUCCAAGGUUUUCUAUUAUAAAAUGAAAGGGGACUACCACAGGUAUCUGGCCGAGUUUGCCACAGGAAAUGACAGGAAGGAGGCCGCAGAAAACAGCCUUGUGGCUUACAAAGCUGCUAGUGACAUCGCCAUGACAGAACUCCCUCCAACGCACCCCAUUCGUUUAGGUCUUGCUCUCAACUUUUCCGUAUUCUACUAUGAAAUUCUUAAUUCCCCCGACCGUGCCUGCAGGUUGGCAAAAGCAGCUUUUGAUGACGCAAUUGCAGAACUGGACACGCUGAGUGAAGAAAGCUAUAAGGACUCUACGCUUAUCAUGCAGCUGCUACGUGAUAACCUGACGCUCUGGACCUCAGACAUGCAGGGCGAUGGUGAAGAGCAGAAUAAAGAAGCGCUGCAGGAUGUGGAAGAUGAAAAUCAGUGAGACAUACUAAAGCCAACAAGAGAACACAUCUCUGACCACCCUCCCAACCCUCCCCUUCCCUCGGAAGUUCCCCAUUGUCACUGAGAACCACCAAAUUUGACUUUCACAUUUGGUCUCAGAAUUUAGGUUCCUGCCCUGUUGUUUUUCUUUCUUUUUCUUUUUUUCUCCCCUCCCCCUUUUUUAAAACAACAAACAGUUUUCAGAAGUUCUUAAAGGCAAGAGUGAAUUUCUGUGGAUUUUACUGGUCCCAGCUUUUAGGUUCUUUACGACACUAACAGGACUGCAUAGAGGCUGUUUCAGCAUUACUGUAUUGUCUCCAGCCACAUGCGGCAAGAUCAUCAUUAGAAAUGGAAAUGACGUUUGAAAGCCGUUAGACUUCUAGGUGAUGCAUCUAAGAAAGAUUAAUCACACGAUAGAGGCAUAUGUGCUGUCAUUUUUCCUUUUUUAAUUGUUUAAAUUGAAUUUUAUACCAAUGUUAAACUUAAUUGGGUGUUAGCUUGAGGUGUUUGGGGGAGUUUGUUGUAAUGGUUUUGCUGUAAAAUGUGUUUGGAACUCUGCUGAAGUGUUGCUGAAAAGCACGGUGCUGGUAACAGUUCAACAAUCCGUGGCUGCUCAUUCUUGCCGACUCCUCCCCCUCGGAAGCAGGUCAGCAUUGAAGGUGGUAUGGAAGCCUGCAUGCGUGUUCAACUCUGUUCCUCCCCUCGCUCCUCAGCCUCCUUCCCCCCUCCUCCUUCGCUCGCUCAACCUCUUUUGUUCAGUAUGUGUAACUUGAAGCUAAUUUGUACUACUGGAUAUCUGACUGGAGCCACAGAUACAGAAUCUGUAUUGUUCUUACUGAAACACAGCAUGGAAUUAACAUUAAACUUAAAUAAAACAAACCUAAAUUAAAAAUGCCAAAUAUAUUACGCCUCCAUCCUUUAUACUUCUAAAAUAAAAUCUCUAGUCCAAACAUAUUUGACAGUAUUGUUUGUCUGAAUGUGAAAAUAUUCCCCAUUUUAUCUUCCAUAAAACAUUUGUUUCCCAAUGAUAUGUAUUUGGGGUGUGGGGAAACUGCUUGUAAUGUGGUGUUGAACAACCAAGUCAGUAGAUUACAUGUCCUGUCUUUCAAACGAGUUAGCAACACAAUAUUUAUGUUUAUCAUUAAAGUACAACAAUCAUAUUUAA